AUGAAGGACACGGUCGCUUGGUCGUCGCUACUUCCUACACUACCGGAAACAGAAGAUGAAUUGCUUGCCACAGUAAGAGCUAGAGUCGCAGUUUGGCUCGGUGAUGGCAAUUCGUGCACCGCUGAAACUAUCACUGAGGCCUCCACACAGACUGGCAGGAUAUCUUCAGGCGCUACUACAACUACUAUCACCGAGGCUACAACCAAGACUGUUAGUGGUUGCCGAAAUUCUCCUACACUGAAUGGCAUCGCCGAUGUUGGCAUUGCACCGGUGGCUGCUUCUGCGAGUGCCGUUAUGGCACUGCUCAAAAAUGGUCCCAUAAAAACAGUCACGGAUUAUACAACCAAGACGAUCACAUCCUCAAGCGUGCCUGCAUCAACCACAUCAAGCACGCCUGCAACAACCUCAACGACAUCGACAGCCAUUAGUGACUCGACUACCACUCCGGGAACGACGGUUCCAGUAACCACUACAGUGACAACCAGAACCACUUCUAGCACUGCAGUCACUUCAUCAAGCACAUCAACUCAAAUCUCUGGCAGUACUACCACGAUAUCUGCCUCUGUAUGCUCGAGUCUUAUCACCAAUCCAACAUACACACCCUCUGCCGCGUUGCCAUAUAACUAUACCUGGGGCUGCGCACCGGGGUAUCUCUGCAAGCCACCUCAUACAGGUGACCGCUCGGGGUGCAACGUUGAAGCAGGUCUUCCGGACCCUGGAUACAUCUGUAACCCCUCAGAUUGCAUUGCGGCUCCACCUUUGGACGUGCACCCAGAUUGGCAGUACAAUGUCUCCAAUAAUUAUUACAACCUCAACCCGGUGGACUUCGGUCUCAAUUACUCAAUCUUCCAGUUCACGGAAGACCCAGUUGCAGCCAACAGCAAGCGUGACAUGUCCUUAUGGGACUUCGAUGCCGCCAGAAAGACAAAAAGGGACGACAUAACAAAAAUCCCUAAUGUGUGUUUCAAUGACUGCAAUGUUGCGGCACGUGAGCCAGAAAUGCUUGGAAAGACAUCUGAGCUUUGCGAGAGUGAUUCCACGUUCAUGGAAAACUUGAGCAUCUGCGAGGAGUGCAUCACCAAUAACGGCGAAUCUGGCUCUGAAGCAUAUUCAUCCAAAAUGUUGUCAACGUUUGCACAGUGGCUGAACUACUGCUCCGAUAUGGUCACUUCUACUGAUAUGUUCACUUCCACAACACAAGCAAGUUCUACCACGACUGAAAUGGAAAUCACGACGACGGGCACCUUGGUCACAGUAACUACCACUACAAGUACUAAAGCAACGACAGUAGCCACGAUUACGACUACUCAAACUACUAGCACCAAGGCUACCAGAACUAAGGUCACCAGGACCGAAGAGAACAGCACCAAUUCUAGCAGCACUGAAGACACAAACAUUGAGCCCACAAAUACUGAGCCAAACGACACUCAGUCCAUCGAAGAAAGCAGCGCGAUCACUGAAACAGAAGAAACAUCCAGCCCGAUAGAAAGAACUUCAUCAGCCAUCAUUAUUACGACGUCAGCUUCCGGCUCAAUUGUGACAACCUCGGUGUCUGGUUCACUGGUAACAACUUCUUUCUCUGAAUCCGUUGUGACAAUCUCAACGUCAGGUUCCCUCGUGACAAGCUCAGUACCUGGAUCAAUUAUGACAACUUCAGUAUCUGGCUCGCUUAUCACAACUUCGUUGUCCGGGUUGAUCAAGACUAUGUCGAGCACUCAAGACGCAAGCUCAGGCGAUAAAAACACAUCUGACAACGCUUCUGGUGGUACAUUAAGCUCAGUCCGUGGAAGUCAGACUGGUUCAGCAUCUCCCUCUGUACUCCCCCCGUCCUACAAUGCGGCUGGAUUGAUAAAAAUUCCUCAUAUUGGCUUAGUGGGUCUGUUGUGGGCUGCUUUUGCGACACUCCUUUAG